UGGGCGGGCCCUGAGGCGGGGCCUGCGCGCGCCGGGAGGAAGAGCUGGGAUUUGGGCCGCGGCGGGAGCCCGAGUCGCCGUCACUCGAGUGCGCAGGCGCCUGGCGGUUACCGGUCUCGCCAUGGAGCGGAAAGUGCUCGCGCUCCAGGCCCGAAAGAAAAGGACCAAGGCCAAGAAGGACAAAGCCCAAAGGAAGCCUGAAACACAGCACCGAGGCUCCGCACCCCACUCCGAGAGCGACAUCCCAGAGCAGGAGGAGGAGAUUUUGGGGUCCGACGAUGAUGAGCAGGAAGACCCCAAUGACUACUGUAAAGGAGGUUAUCAUCUUGUGAAAAUCGGAGAUCUAUUUAACGGGAGAUACCAUGUGAUCCGAAAGUUGGGCUGGGGACACUUUUCAACAGUGUGGUUAUCAUGGGAUAUUCAGGGAAAGAAGUUUGUGGCGAUGAAAGUAGUUAAAAGUGCCGAACAUUACACAGAAACAGCACUAGAUGAAAUCCGGCUGCUGAAAUCGGUUCGUAAUUCAGACCCAAAUGAUCCAAAUGGAGAAAUGGUUGUCCAGCUGCUAGAUGACUUUAAAAUAUCAGGUGUUAACGGAACACAUAUCUGCAUGGUAUUUGAAGUUUUGGGCCAUCAUCUACUCAAGUGGAUCAUCAAGUCCAACUAUCAGGGACUUCCGCUGCCUUGUGUCAAAAAAAUUAUUCAGCAAGUGCUACAGGGUCUGGAUUAUUUACACACCAAGUGCCGGAUCAUCCACACUGACAUCAAACCAGAAAACAUCUUGUUGUCAGUGAAUGACCAAUACAUUCGGAGACUGGCUGCAGAAGCCACGGAAUGGCAGCGGUCUGGAGCCCCACCUCCUUCUGGGUCUGCAGUCAGCACUGCUCCGCAACCGAAACCAGCUGACAAAAUGUCAAAGAAUAAGAAGAAGAAAUUGAAGAAGAAGCAGAAGCGCCAGGCAGAAUUACUAGAGAAGCGAAUGCAGGAAAUUGAGGAAAUGGAGAAAGAGUCGGGCCCUGGGCAAAAAAGACCUAACAAGCAAGAAGAAUCAGAGAGUCCUGUUGAAAGACCCUUGACAGAGAACCCACCUAAUAAAAUGACCCAAGAGAAACUUGAAGACUCGAGUUCCAGUGGUCAGGAUCAGACCCUCACGGAACGUGCUGUAGAGGGUGUUGCCACAGAAAUUAAUUGCAAUGGAGUAAUUGGAAUCGUUAAUUACACUGAAAACAGUAAUAAUGAAACAUUGAGGCUUAAAGAGGAUCUCCACAAUGCUAAUGACUGUGAGGUGUACACUCUGAAGCAGGAACCUGGUUUCCUAACCACCCCAAAUGGAGACAGCAGUGCAUCUCCAGAAUCAGACUGUUGCACACCUCUGCCCUCUGAGGUGUCAGAGACCAUGGUGUGCCAGUCCACUGUAGACCAGUCACUCAGUGAACAGGACAUCAGUCAACUUCAAGAGAGCAUUCGGGCAGACAUACCUUCUGGGGAUGAGCAGGAGCAUAAUGGACCACUGGACAACAAAGGAAAAUCCACUGCUGGAAAUUUUCUUAUUAAUCCCCUUGAGCCAAAAAAUGCAGAAAAACUCAAAGUGAAGAUCGCCGAUCUGGGAAACGCCUGCUGGGUGCACAAGCAUUUCACUGAAGAUAUCCAGACACGGCAGUAUCGGUCUUUGGAAGUUCUGAUAGGAUCUGGUUACAACACGCCCGCUGACAUCUGGAGCACUGCAUGCAUGGCCUUUGAACUAGCCACAGGGGACUACUUGUUUGAGCCUCACUCAGGAGAGGAUUACACACGUGAUGAAGAUCACAUCGCCUUGAUCAUAGAGCUUCUGGGGAAGGUGCCUCGCAAGCUCAUCGUGGCAGGGAAAUAUUCCAAGGAAUUUUUCACCAAAAAAGGUGACCUGAAACACAUCACCAAGCUGAAGCCGUGGGGCCUCCUGGAGGUUUUGGUAGAGAAGUAUGAGUGGCCCCAGGAGGAGGCUGCCGGCUUCACAGACUUCCUGCUGCCUAUGUUGGAACUCAUCCCUGAGAAGAGGGCCACCGCUGCUGAGUGUCUCCGGCACCCUUGGCUCAAUUCUUAAGCCCCUCCUGCACGCUGCAGCGGAGUUCAUCAGGCUGACCCUCCGACCCUCCCCUCUGAGACUUUCCCUCUUCCCUUUCAGGGUGAAGCUCUUUUCUUCAAGGGCUUCUAAAAUUUUUUUUUAAUCCAACAUGUUCAUUUGGGUUUGCUUCCUUGACCCUGUGGAAAUCCCCACAGCCACUGGACAUCCUAGGUGAAUUUGGCCUUAGUUGGGCUCUGCCAAAGACUAGAAGUGUGAACAGCCCCGCCCUCUGCCCUGCCCUUUUCAUUAGGUUGCAGCACCUUUUAAAGGGGGCUGUGAAGAUCUGGGAGCCCUUCUUAUUCCCCACUCUAAGAGUCGGGUUUCUAGUUCAUAUCCCGCUGCCAGCACCAGUCAGGGGAGGGGUGUGAAUCUGUGAGCAGCAGAGACAUUAAAAGUGCUGUGUCCAGGCCGCGUCAUCCGCCUGGAUUCUUUCUGUGUUCUCUAUGUUCACGUUGUUUUUUCCUGCGACUUGUAUGCUACAUUUUUCGAUGAGCAACAAAUUUGGUUACCAAUAUCACUGUUGAAGGCACUGUCUGAUUUCUCUUAUACUCUGAGUUCCUGGAAUUUUGAUUCUGAUUUUUCAUGUAGACUAAACAGAACCAGUGAAUGAUAUUUCCCGAGAGCCUCCAGUGUUGUGCAGAUAGCCCUCUCUGUGUGUCUCUGUUGCCCUGAGCGCUUGCUGUGGUCCACACGUCUGGCUUGGACGCCUCCUGGCAUUUGGCUUGCUCAGCUUAAGUUUACUCUCUCAUAACUAGAACCCUGAGGUGACCCAGACAGGAGAUGUGUGUUCCAGAGCUGUCCUACUGGAGAGUGUUCCCGCAUUCCAAGUCCUUCCCAGACAGCUCCUGGCAUCCACUCACAGCUUUCCCUGCCUUGCCUGGAACCCUGUCCUUGAUACAGUUUCUCCGUGUGGCAUUGCUGUUUCAUUUCUCAGAGGCUCGGAGGUCUUCGGCGAAAAACCCUGGGUAAAGAACGGCGGGGAGGGGAUGGCACUUUUCUUUUCCCCCUGUUGGUUUUGGUAUUAGCCAUCCUGUGCUGCUAUUUCCUUGUAUAAUGUCAGUUUCUAACUACAAUUUUGAGAUGAUUGAAAUGUACUUGAGGCUUUUCUUAAUGCAAAAAGGCUUUGUGAAUUUUGUUUUCAGAUCAGCCUCUCAUAAACUUGAUUACCUAAACAUACAUGUUCCUCGGGUGAAGUGAGCACCAGAAGAGAGGUGGAAUUAGCUGCUUGCUAAUUAGCAAAGACCAAUGGGUCUUAAUUACUGCACUCUCUGGAAACAGCUCAGUUUCUAACUUGCAGAAAGACAUGGGCCUGCAAACCAAGGCUCUCCUAAGCAAGCUGAGCAAAACUGGCCACUGCCUCCUUCCUGUGUGUGAGCCUGGAGAGUCACCCGGGAUGCACUCAUUCGAGAGCAGGCUCGUGGAGCUCAUCAACUUCAACUGAGGAACUGGCCAGCCAUUAUUGGCUCUUGAUUGGUUAUUCCUGGAACCAGACGUGUUCCUGUAGAAAGAGUUUUAAGUCAGGCUAUCUAUGCACCUAUCUGGAAUAAAGAGAGCAGAUGACAUCACAUAACGGCAGGGAAACCCUACAUCAUGAGUUCUUCUCCACUCUGGUGUCACUGUAUUGACAUCUAAAGCAAUAGCAGACCCACCUGAAACUGCUUCUCAGUAAGUCACAGUGGCAGGAUCACAGGAAUCCUAGUGACAGAACCAAGAAACAAGCCAACAGCAGGCCUAUUUUAAUCAUGAGGGGAGAACCUGGAACUUCAUUUUGGGAACAAGUCCCACCAAAUAAGGGCUCCCCCCUAUUCCUUAGGGAGCCAGAGGACCUGGGAGAGUUGGAAGAGGCAGCAGCACGAGCUGUCUGUCCGUCCAUGGCCACCCUGAGAUUGGCUGGGCUCUGUGGCUGCCGUAGAGGCCAGGUCUCACUGGAGGCCUGCUGUUGGCUCUUGGUUAAAAGCAAAGCCCUGGUAUGUUUUAUAUUCUUUCUACUGAGUGCAUUGUUUGUGUCCUCACAAAUGCAGAACAAUAAACAGAGUAUUUAAUAA